UGAGUUCGUGACCGGAAAGCUGGCUUCGUCAAGGAGUCUGCCUGCGGAUCCUGUUGAUUCAGAUUCAGCUGAAUUACCUGGAAAAGUGUCAGAAUUAAAAUCAGCCAUUCAGUGCCAAGAAAAUGAGGUGGGGAGUAAGGGGACGGGUUGCGAUUUUUAUCCAGCCAAGCCAAAAAAGCUGGAUUUAAGUUCGUCUGGAAUCUCAAAGAAAGCGGCGGAUAUCAUCAACUCAAUUCGACAAUCCUCAUCAUCGUCUUCCAUUUCAGAGUCCGCACUGCUGGGUUCUGGAAAAUCGUCAUCGAGGUUCGAUAAUUGCAAAGAAUUCCUGAAGCGAUCCGACGCACCAACAGCAUUCGAUGUUUCUUCAACUUCAAAACAACCUAAAAAAUUUCCAACGAGCAAAAGUAUAUCAAAUUUGGGGUCGAUACGGGUGGAAAGUAAAGAAACGUUGACAGAAAUUCAUAGUGGGAGGGUUAACUUAAAAAACAAUAGUGUUUGUGCGGGGACUGACACAGACGAACAUUUUGACGACGAAGUAGAAAUCGUUUCAUUAUUGGAAGAACAAAUACCCAAGUAUAAAUUAAGGGCUGAUACCAUUACUCAAUUUACAGGAUAUCAAAACCAAGACUUUGUUGGGGCAUCUGAUCAUCCCUUUGUUGGGAUCCCAUACCCAGCUCUCAAGGAUUACAGUCCUGUAACUCCUGAACAAGCGUACCUCACAUUAGGUUAUUUUUUAUUGUCAGGGUCUCGCCUCAGUCAAAUGACAAAAACAUUUGAUAUUCCAACUUCCGGAUAUGAGAAAGAAAAAGACUUGGAAUUAGCCGCAAGAAUUGGUCAGCAAUUGUUGGAGCAAAAUCAAUCGUUACGAGAGAAAGUUACAUCGCUAGAAACCGAAAACAAGGAAAGCGUCGAAUGCAUCACACAGUUAAAAUAUGAACUGAACUUUAAAGCGCAACUCUUGGACACUCUUUACAAUGACACAACGGAUAGUGCGGAAACAAGUAAAGCAGGGACACCUGUGGGGACUGGGGUUGCAACGGUGCUGGAACGCCGAAUGCAAUUACUUGAAGAAGAAAACAAGGCACUCAGGGCAGACGCUUGCCAGUUGGCAGAAGAUGUGGAAAAGACUGAAGCACAAGAAAAGUAUCUAGUAGAGGAUGCGAUAUCCAGAUUAACUGAAUCGAAUCGAACGCUAUCAAAACUCAGUGAUGAUCUGGAAAGAAAGACAGAAGAAGUCAAGAUUCAACAAGAAGAGUUAAAUUGUCUAGAGGAGGAAUUGAAAGCGUUUCAACAAGUAAAUCGAGAACUUGUGGACGAGAAUACCGAGCUAAGAAAGGUGGUUGAGGUGCUGUCAAGUAAUCAGAACCAAUUAGGAACUGAACUAAUUGACCUAAAGGAAAACUAUGUUGAGGUCGUGUCAAUCUUAAAAGAAACUCAGGAGCAAUUACGAGAAGCUCAACGACAAAAAGAGGAAGGAGCGGACGUAGUCACAGUGUUUGAUUCUCUGGCCUAUGAAAUAGAUUCUUCAGUAGCACGACAUCGACGCUCGUCCGAUUACUUCCGCCGAACUUUUGAUACCGUUCGAUGUGCCAAUAGCAAAUUGCCAUUGACGUCAAGUGCGUUGAUAACCACAGCUUCUUUUCUAGCAUCUUCUGGGUUGCCUUCUCUGGAUUCUUCUUCUUCACAUGAACUGAUGAAUUCCAACUUUAACUCGCUGGUAUUGGAAUCCGGACUAGGUUCUUCUUUGUGCUAUUCUCCAGGUAGUUCAACUCCAGGCGGAACAUGGAGGUUGCCAGAAAAACUGCAAAUUGUUAAACCGCUGGAAGGAUCCUCGACGUUACAAGUCUGGAGUUCUUUGGCAACGCCACAUUUGGGAAAUUUAUUAGACAAACGUCCCGGUGUGCAGACUAGAGUAGAGCGACCCGUUGAAGGAAUUGGAGCAAAUACAAUUCUCGCGCUAACUUCAGAGCCUCAUACACUUGGCACUCCAGCCGUAUUUACGUUUGUUACCACAUCAUCAAUCCGCGAUAGUACAACCACGAUAUUCUCAACAAACAUCUCUUCGAGAGCGUCAACAUGUUCAUUAUCAUCUGCACAUUCUGAGUCGGAUAGUCACAGUCCAAUUCCAUCUUUCUCGUCGAGUCGAGAGAAAAAUGGUCACAAACCCGGCACGUCAGCUUCAUUCUAUGCGUCAGGAGAUUAUCUCAAAAGCUGCGAAACACCUCAAAAUUCCCCCAUGGAAGGAAACUCUAGACCAUUAUCCCCAUCCUCCCAUCAUGGAGGGGGCGGAGACUUCGAGAGUAGUUCGAAAAAUAAAACUAUAAAAACGCUUUACGCCGUUUAUGACAGUUUAUGCAAUAAAAUAGGAGGUUUAGGAAACCCUGCACGAACUCUUAACUCACGACUCGACUUUGCACCAUCCUCCUCACCUCAGAAAUAUGAUCUGACGACCAAACUCGGACGACUGGAGGUGUCUUUUGAAAGUAGUCGACUUCACGCUCCUCCGAAACCUGGUACUGGUGCAUUAGAAAAAAUACUUCUGGAACCUGACUAGUAGAUUCAUAUUCAAUUCCAUAGACAGAAUUAUAAUUCAGUAGAUGCGGUGAAAAUGUACUUAAUGUCCAAAUAAUAAUCCCAUGUAUGAAAAUGUAUGUAUUUAAAGGAAUGAACGGUAAUAUUUUUUCGUCAAAUACUGCUAUAUUAUGGAACGCAGAACAAACAAAUCAAACACGGAUGAUGCGCUGUAGAAGUGUUAACUAUGGCUAAUAAUGCCUGCUUAAAUGUGAUAAACUUACCUGUUGUACUUAAAUACAUUUAGAAAAUCUAGAAGUUUCUGUUUCCUUAUAGUUUGCUCCUAACCUACUACUCUUAAGUAAGUUCGACAUACACAAGUACCACUUUUUUGAUUAAAAUGAAUAUCAAAACCAUGAUGCUAUGUCUGAUAUCUGCUAUCAAUCAACUGCCAUUUAUAUGUAUGUAUACCUGUUUUAUUGCACAAGUUUUUAGUAAGGUGAACUGUGUAAACUGGCUAAUUUAGUAGUUUACAUAAGUUUAGUGAUGAUAAUGAGUUGGUCUCAGUAUUUCUUAGUAUAUUGUACGUUUAUUAUGGCAUUUAUCUUAUUACAAAUUUUGACCAGAAAACCAAUCCAUGUUGUUCUUUGAUGAAAGUGAAAUACAGUUGCAAUAAACCAUUAGUAUUUGUCGUGCAUUUGUAGCAUGCAUAAGAAGUUACCAGCUUAAAGAUGGCUCAAUUACACAAGUGCUUGUUACUGUUGUGUUGAAGAAAUGCUUAUAUGUGUUGUUAUAAUUUUCUAGUCGUUUGUGAAUGCGUAUUGAGUAUAUACCAAUUUAAUAUGUAGGUGCGACAUAGAGGAUUAAAAUAUUGUACUAGAAUCUUGAAAGCACUUUUUUGGAUUUCUUGAAAUAAUCAAAAUACUUUAACUUUACGACUGACUGUGUGUUACAGUGUGCAAUUGCAUUGAAAUUUGUAUUCAAACUUGCGACGUAUUCCUUUCAUAAUAAAAUAAUAGCAUAGGGUUAGCAAUUUAUAGGACAUAUUUUCUUUCGCUUGUCAGUUUUGCUGGACAUUACAAAUGAUAAGAUGCGUGAAUAAGUGUUUAAGAGCAAAUUGAAAUAAAAUAAAUUUAAAACAUUGAGAAAAA